AUGUCCGGCUACCAGCAACAAGGUGGCCAUUAUGACGAGGGCUACGGCCACCCGGCAGGCCAAGGUGACUCCUACUAUCAGGACGAGCACGCUGCCCAGGGUGGUUACUACGACCACCAGGAUUAUGGCGAUGGCUACUAUGACCGAGGUGCUUCGGGCGCCUACGCACAACAGGAGGGUGGUCAUCAAGGCUACGCCGAAGGAGGAUACUACGAGGGCGGCGGUCACCAGGAUGAAUACUACGCCGACCAGUACUACGACGCCGGUCAGGCUGGCUAUGGCCGUGGCCGACGCGGCAAUGACUCCGAAGAGGACUCGGAGACCUUCAGUGAUUUCACCAUGAGAUCGGAGACCGCGCGUGCUGCUGAUAUGGAUUACUACGGCCGUGGGGACGAGCGAUACAACAGCUACACCGACAGCCAGUACGGUCGUGGUGGAUACGGCUACCGUCCGCCAUCAUCGCAGAUCUCAUAUGGCGGGAACCGGUCAUCGGGUGCUUCUACCCCCGUCUAUGGCAUGGAAUAUGGAAACGCGUUGCCGGCUGGCCAGCGUUCGCGGGAACCCUACCCUGCCUGGACCUCGGAUGCCCAGAUUCCGCUGUCCAAGGAGGAGCUGGAGGACAUCUUCUUGGACCUGGUUAACAAGUUCGGUUUCCAGCGUGACAGCAUGCGUAACAUGUACGACCACAUGAUGACGCUUCUCGACUCUCGUGCUUCUCGCAUGACCCCCAACCAGGCCCUUCUGUCUCUGCACGCUGAUUAUAUCGGUGGCCACAACGCCAACUACCGCCGUUGGUACUUCGCCGCUCAUCUGGACUUGGACGAUGCAGUUGGCUUCGCCAACAUGAAGCUGGGCAAAGCCGAUCGUAAGACUCGCAAGGCCCGCAAGGCUGCCCAGAAGGCCGCCAAGCAGAACCCCGAGAACGAGGAGGAGACGCUUGAGGCUUUGGAAGGUGACAACAGUCUGGAGGCCGCUGAAUACCGCUGGAAGUCUCGCAUGAACCGCAUGUCCCAGCACGAUCGUGCCCGUCAGAUUGCGUUGUAUCUGCUCAUUUGGGGCGAGGCCAACCAGGUCCGUUUCUUGCCUGAGUGUCUGUGCUUCAUCUUCAAGUGUGCCGACGACUACUAUUCCUCUCCCGAGUGCCAGGCCCGUGUGGAGCCCUACUGCCGUGAUCAGGGCUACGAGAUCUUUGAAGGCAAGUACGUUCGCCGCGAGCACGACCACAACAAGAUCAUCGGUUACGAUGAUAUGAACCAGCUAUUCUGGUACCCUGAGGGUAUCGAGCGCAUCGGUUUCGAGGACAAGACUCGCCUGGUCGAUGUUCCCCCCGCGCAGCGUUGGCCUAAGCUCAAGGAUGUCCUUUGGAAGAAGGCAUUCUUCAAGACCUACAAGGAAACUCGCUCGUGGUUCCACUUGGUUACCAACUUCAACCGUAUCUGGGUUAUUCACUUAUGCUCUUUCUGGUUCUUCACUGCCUACAACGCCCCGACUCUCUACACCGUGAACUACCAACAACAGUGGGAUAACAAGCCGUCUACCGCUAAGUAUCUGGCUGCUGUCGGUUUUGGUGGUGCCAUCGCUGCUUUCAUCCAGUUGUUCGCCACUAUCUGCGAGUGGAUGUAUGUCCCUCGUCGGUGGGCUGGUGCUCAGCAUCUGCGCAAGCGUUUCAUGUUUAUCCUCCUCAUGUUCGUCAUCAACCUGGCACCUGGAGUGGUCAUCUUCGGCUUCUUGGAUAUGCUGCCCACAAAUAUCCAGAAGCCAGUCGGUCUUGCUCUCGGUAUUGUCCACUUCGUAAUCGCUCUCCUGACCGCAGCCUUCUUCGGUAUCCAGCCGCUGGACCUUUACCGCCAGUUUCCCCGUCUGCACGGCAAUGACAUGUGGAUGUCCUACGGCCUUUGGGUUUGCGUUUUUGGUGCCAAGCUGGCUGAGUCUUACUUCUUCCUGACUCUGUCGUUGAAGGAUCCCAUUCGUAUCCUUUCGCCCAUGAACAUUUACGAGUGCACUGGUGUCACGUAUCUCGGCAACGUCCUGUGUCACAAGCAGCCACAGAUCCUUCUGGGUCUGAUGUUCUUCAUGGACUUGACCCUCUUCUUCCUCGAUAGUUACCUGUGGUACAUUAUUUGCAACACCAUUUUCUCGGUGGCUCGUUCAUUCUACCUAGGUGUCUCCAUUUGGUCGCCUUGGAGAAACAUCUUUUCCCGCCUUCCCAAGCGUAUCUACUCUAAGGUGCUGGCCACCACUGACAUGGAGAUCAAGUACAAGCCCAAGGUCCUCAUCUCCCAGGUGUGGAAUGCUAUCAUCAUCUCGAUGUAUCGCGAGCAUCUUUUGGCCAUCGACCAUGUCCAGAAGCUCCUUUACCACCAGGUCCCCUCUGAGCAGGAGGGUAAGCGUACCCUCCGUGCCCCUACCUUCUUCGUCUCCCAGGAAGACCAGUCUUUCAAGACCGAGUUCUUCCCUGCUGGUAGUGAGGCUGAGCGCCGUAUCUCCUUCUUCGCCCAGUCUCUGUCGACUCCUAUGCCUGAGCCUCUGCCGGUGGACAACAUGCCCACUUUCAGUGUUCUGAUCCCCCACUACGGCGAAAAGAUUCUCCUGUCUCUGCGUGAAAUCAUUCGUGAGGAUGAGCCCUACUCCCGCGUUACCGUGCUCGAGUAUCUUAAGCAGCUCCACCCUCACGAAUGGGACUGCUUCGUCAAGGACACCAAGAUUCUGGCUGAUGAGACCUCUCAAUUCAACGGGGAAUAUAACGAGAAGGGCGAGAAGGACGCUGCUAAGAGCAAGAUCGAUGACCUGCCCUUCUACUGCAUUGGUUUCAAGUCCGCUGCUCCCGAGUAUACCCUUCGCACUCGUAUCUGGGCUUCGCUUCGCUCCCAAACUCUGUACAGAACUGUUUCUGGUUUCAUGAACUACAGCCGUGCCAUCAAGCUCCUGUAUCGUGUCGAGAACCCCGAGGUUGUGCAGAUGUUUGGCGGUAAUUCCGAGAAGCUUGAGCGUGAGCUUGAGCGCAUGGCCCGUCGCAAGUUCCGCAUCUGUGUCUCCAUGCAACGUUAUGCCAAGUUCAACAAGGACGAGCGUGAAAACACCGAAUUCCUCCUGCGUGCCUACCCUGAUCUGCAAAUCGCCUACCUUGAUGAGGAGCCUCCCGUCAACGAGGGCGAGGACCCCCGCCUGUACUCUGCCUUGAUUGAUGGUCACUGUGAGCUUCUCGAGAACGGCAUGCGCAAGCCCAAGUUCCGCAUCCAGCUCUCCGGCAACCCCAUUCUCGGUGACGGAAAGUCUGACAACCAGAACCACGCCAUUAUCUUCUACCGCGGUGAAUACAUCCAGCUGAUCGAUGCCAACCAAGACAACUACCUGGAAGAGUGCCUGAAGAUUCGUUCCGUCCUCGCCGAGUUUGAGGAGCUGACAACCGACAAUGUUUCUCCGUACACACCUGGUGUUCCCUCGCCUGAUACCAACCCGGUUGCCAUUCUUGGUGCUCGUGAAUACAUUUUCUCUGAGAGCAUCGGUGUCCUUGGUGACGUCGCUGCCUCCAAGGAACAAACAUUCGGUACCCUGUUCGCCCGUACUCUGGCACAGAUCGGUGGUAAGCUGCAUUAUGGUCAUCCCGAUUUCCUGAACGCUACCUUCAUGUGUACUCGUGGUGGUGUGUCCAAGGCUCAAAAGGGUCUCCAUCUUAACGAGGAUAUUUACGCUGGUAUGAAUGCACUCCUUCGUGGUGGUCGCAUCAAGCACUGCGAGUACUACCAGUGUGGUAAGGGUCGUGACUUGGGUUUCGGCUCCAUUUUGAACUUCACAACCAAGAUUGGUACUGGUAUGGGUGAGCAGAUGCUCUCGCGUGAAUACUACUACCUCGGCACUCAACUUCCUCUCGAUCGCUUCUUGUCAUUCUACUAUGCUCACCCUGGUUUCCACAUCAACAACAUGUUCAUUAUGCUGUCAGUGCAGAUGUUCAUGAUCGUUCUCAUCAACCUGGGUGCUCUCAAGCACGAGACCAUUACUUGCCGUUACAACUCCGACCUGCCCAUCACUGAUCCCCUGGAGCCGACUUACUGUGCCGACCUUGCUCCCAUCGUCAACUGGGUGAACCGUUGUGUUAUCUCUAUCUUCAUUGUGUUCUUCAUCUCGUUUGUUCCCCUGGCUGUCCAGGAGUUGACUGAGCGUGGUGUUUGGCGUAUGGCUACUCGUCUGGCGAAGCACUUUGGUUCCUUCUCGUUCAUGUUCGAGGUUUUCGUGUGUCAGAUCUACGCCCAAGCCGUUCACCAGAACUUGUCAUUCGGUGGUGCGCGCUACAUUGGUACUGGUCGUGGUUUCGCCACCGCUCGCAUUCCCUUCGGUGUCUUGUACUCUCGUUUCGCUGGUCCUUCAAUCUACGCUGGUGCUCGUCUCCUGCUGAUGCUGCUCUUCGCAAGCAGCACUGUCUGGACUCCUGCUCUGAUCUGGUUCUGGGUGUCACUGCUUGCCCUCAUCAUCUCGCCCUUCCUCUUCAACCCUCACCAGUUCUCUUGGAAUGACUUCUUCAUUGACUACCGUGACUAUCUCCGCUGGCUCUCGCGCGGUAACUCCCGGUCUCACGCCUCUUCCUGGAUUGGCUUCUGCCGUCUGUCCCGAACCCGGAUCACUGGUUACAAGAAGAAGGUUCUUGGAGUUCCCUCUGAGAAAGGAUCUGGUGACAUUCCCCGCGCUCGCAUCACGAACAUUUUCUUCAGUGAGAUUGUCGCGCCCCUGGUCGUCGUGGCUGUCACUUUCGUUCCAUACCUGUACAUCAACUCCCGCACCAUGUUCAGCGACGACACCAAGUACGCUCCUAACGCCAUUGCGCGCAUUGCCAUCGUUGCUUUUGCCCCGAUUGGUAUCAAUGCCGGUGUCGCUGGUAUGUUUUUUGGUAUGGCUUGCUGCAUGGGACCCAUCUUCAGUUUGUGCUGCAAGAAGUUCGGUGCAGUCCUGGCUGCGAUCGCCCACGCUAUCGCUGUCAUCGUCCUGAUCGUCUUCUUCGAGGUUCUCUUCGUUCUUGAGUCCUUCAACUGGCCCCGUACCGUCUCCGGCAUGAUCGCCAUGAUGGCCCUCCAACGGUUCAUCUACAAGCUGAUCAUUUCCCUGGCCCUGACCCGUGAAUUUAAGAACGACCAGUCCAACAUCGCGUGGUGGACCGGUAAGUGGUACAACAUGGGUUGGCACUCGCUCUCGCAGCCCGGUCGUGAAUUCCUUUGCAAGAUCACCGAGCUGGGCUACUUCGCCGCCGACUUUGUGCUCGGUCACAUUAUUCUCUUCUUCAUGCUGCCGGCUCUUGCCAUCCCCUACGCCGACAAGUUCCACUCAGUCAUCCUGUUUUGGCUGCGUCCCAGUCGCCAAAUCCGUCCCCCUAUCUACUCUCUGAAGCAGUCCAAGCUGCGCAAGAGACGUGUGAUUCGUUUCGCCAUUCUAUACUUCGUCAUGCUGGUCCUCUUCGUUGUCCUUAUUGCUGCGCCCAUCGUCGUGCGCAACAUGGACAUUGACACUAGCCUGCGUCGUACCUUGUACAAUGCCAUUGGUGUCAAGCAGGGUAACAGCAUGUUCCUCCUCCAGCCCCUUGACAAGGGUCUUAAUGACACCCAGACCUACUACACUGGAAGCCACUUGCCGAAGGGUUUCUCUUCCCACGCUGUCGUCACCCCCACCGCCGGCGACUUCAACUUCCAGCGCUUACUGUGA